GUAUAAAAGGCCCCAAAUUCCCUCCGCCCAAAAAAAAAUUCCCUUCAGAGCAAACGUUUACUCGCACCGUCGAACUCAUUCAGCGUAGCCUCCAAUUCAUCGGUGACUUAUGGCGACGUUCGAGCUGUACCGGAGGUCGACGAUCGGCAUGUGCUUGACAGAGACCCUGGAUGAGAUGGUUCAAAACGGUACCCUCAGCCCCGAGCUCGCUAUCCAGGUCCUUGUCCAGUUUGAUAAGUCAAUGACUGAUGCUCUGGAAAAGCAAGUGAAGAGCAAGGUCACUAUUAAGGGACAUCUCCAUACCUACAGAUUCUGUGACAAUGUCUGGACCUUCAUCUUACAGAAUGCUACCUUCAAGAACGAGGAAUUUGAGGAUACUGUCAGCCGAGUGAAAAUUGUGGCGUGUGACUCAAAGCUGCUUACGCAAUGAGACAUUCAUGACUGACAUGUUGAAUGGUAGUAGAAAAGGGAUGAUUGUCUCAUUAUGUAUGACUUUAAAGCCAUCAACCUUUAUUCAGUGAAUUUUCCGUUCUUCAUGAUGGACAUUGUUGAAAAUCUAAGAGGAAGAAAAAUGACAUCAUGUGCUGUUAUUUCUGUUGUUGCACCAGUUGCUGAAUUUGAACCUGUAGGUAUUGUACUUAUUCUUGUAAUUCUGGUAUAAAUUAAUUCAUGUAAUGAGUUGUCUGUUCAAUCUUCCCUGAAUAAGCUGCCCCUGAUCCU